AUCUCUCCAGUAGACGGAGAGACCGUCGUCUGUCUGCGCGUCUCUCCUGAGCCCGUUCCUCCGUGGAUCUACCCGGUGCUUGUCAUUGCAUUACUGUCGGAAACUGUUCGAGAGCAAUUACAGCUUCAUCUGUGGAGUUCAAUUCAUUUCAUGUGACUGAAGUUCGAGGAGAAUCGGAUCGGAUCGGCUCUUUCUCCGACAGAGGCACCGGAGAAUCCGCUCUUUUGGUUCGGUUCGGUUCGGUUCGGUUCAGCUGAUCUUCAUCCGUUCAUCUGGUGUGGACUCAUACUCUGAGCUCUGACAACUUGAACAACUCCAGGAUGGUGUGUGUCUGCGCUUCCGGGCUGAGGGUUCUUGCGGUUCUGCUUGUGUUCUCCACAGAAUGCGCUGUGACUCGAGCCGAAUCUCUGGUGACGGUCCGGAGAGUGACCCAUCCUCCGCUGCGGCGACCUUUAGCCGAAUCCGCCCUCCUCCCGUGUGUGUUCACCCUUCCGUCCGUCCUGGUCCCGGGACACGGCCCGUUCAUCCACUGGACCCACGGCUCCGGAGCGCAGGAGAGGACGGUGCUCUCGGCUCGGGACGGGGUGGUCAGGGUGCACCAGGCGUACAUGGGUCGGGUCAGUCUGCCCGGGUGCUCUGCUGACCCUCUCAACGCGUCUCUGGCGCUUUCCCAGCUCCGCUCCAAUGAUUCCGGCACUUUCCGAUGCAUCCUCGCCCUCGGGGAACAUUAUGAGCAGGAUACGGUCAACCUGGAGGUCACAGGUGUGGUGUUUCACUACCGUUCUCCCGCGGCCCGUUACUCGCUGUCGUUCGCUGAGGCCAUCCGCGCGUGUGAGGAGAGUUCGGCAGAGGUCGCGACCCCUGAGCAGCUGUGGGCGGGGUUUCACUCCAGUAUGAACAGCUGUGCGGCCGGAUGGCUCAGAGACCAGAGCGUCAGGUAUCCUGUACAGAGACCCGAGCUCGGAUGCUUUGGACACGCAGAGUUUUCUCAAGGGGUGAGGAAUUAUGGGAAACGGGACCCUCUGGAAUUGUUUGACGUUUACUGUUUUGCCAGUGACAUGCAAGGGGAAGUGUUUCCUGUCUCUGUUCCUGAGCGACUGACUCACGAUGAAGCCUCGGCUCGCUGUGUGUCUCUGGGAGGUCGUCUGGCGACCGUGGGUCAGCUCUAUCUGUCCUGGAGGUCAGGGCUGGACCACUGUGAGCCGGCCUGGGUGUCUGACGGGAGCGUGAGGUUCUCCGUCAGCUCGCUGCGCUCCGACUGUCCCGCUGGAGAACCAGGCGUCCGAACCGUUCCACCGACAGAACUGAACAACGGGAGCAUGCGCUUCGAUGCUUUCUGCUAUCGAGACACACAGACUUCCGGCCAGACGGACCGGCCUGACCUUCGACCCUCUAACUGGACCGGACAGCUGGAUCUGGACAAAGAGCCGUUGUUGACCUCUGAACCCGCCAAGCUCUCGGCCGAGUAUCUGACGGUCCGUCUGCGCGCCGGAGACACGUCUCUGGACUGGAGCGGUCAGCCGGACUCGUUCCCAAACAGACCACAGGUGCUUCCUGAUCUGAGUCCGGGCGGCUCGGCCCGAGAGGAAGAGGACGAGGACGAAGGUCUGUCCGGUCAGUCUGUGACUCCUCGAGGAAAGAGUUCCCUCACCAACAUCGGCAGCUCGUUCUGGAAACCCUGGAGCUACUUGACAGGAAGUGAAGCCGAGGCCACGCCCCCGAGCCUGACUGACGACAGAACCACUUCCAGAUCAGGGUGGAGCCUCUCGUGGCUGUCUGGUCCUUCAGCCGUCGCUGAUAAAAUAAUCACCUCAUUUCCAUCCACGAGUUCAGUCGUAACGACGAUAGCCUCAUCAAACCCCACCAGAGACGGACCGGGCGACAUUCAGACCAGUCGACCUGCUCCGGACGCUCCGGAUUGGGUCGUGGUGACCGAAACACCCGAGCAGAAACCCCAAACCCCAGAACCCAAAGUCUCCGUCUCGACCGAGAACUACUCCCGAGAGAGUCGAGUCCCGGAGACGGAGGGCAGCUUGUGGGGCGACACGUCCCCGUCUUCCCAAACGCCGUUGACGAUCAUCGCCCAGAGCACGACGUCGUCUGCCACCGGAGACACUGAGACGACCCUUUCGACGUCUGCAGGCGAGUCUCAGACAUCAAGCCUCGUCUCGACGGUUCCCAUCAGCGUAGAGCAGGAGCUGAGCCUCACCGAGACCGACGGGAAGAACAGCUCCGCUGGAGAUGACGUGCAUAAGUCGAGCAUCACUGUUAUUACUGCUGAUAUUAAUGUUCAGAUCUCCUUUCUGUCAAUAACUAGCGAGUGUUUUAAUGGCGUUCAGGACUCUUUCAGAGGGUCACAUGUGCCCGAGAGUGUGUGCCAGCUUAAUAUAUACAGACAGAUUGUGAUGGAUCACCUCCAGAGCGUCACUGACACCAGACGCUGUGUGUGUGUGUGUGUGUGUGUGUGUGUGUGUUUUGCAGCGGACGACAGAUGCAGCUGUCUGCACGGAGGGACGUGUCUUCCUCACGGAGAGGGUUUCCGCUGCUUCUGUCCGCAGGGUUACGCAGGAGAGAGCUGUGAAAUCGAUGUGGAUGAGUGUCAGUCGAGCCCCUGUGAGAACGGCGGCACCUGUAUCGAUAAAGAGGACUCGUAUGUGUGUCUCUGUUUGCCGAGUUACAGCGGAGACCGAUGUGAGAGAGACACAGAGGACUGUGAACACAGCUGGAAGAAGUUCCACGGUCACUGCUAUCGUCUGUUUCCUGGCAGACACACCUGGGAGGACGCAGAGAAGGACUGCAGGGAGCACAGCAGUCACCUGACCAGCAUCACUUCCUCCAUGGAGCAGGACUUCCUCAACGGUCUGGGUCAUGAGAACGUCUGGAUUGGUUUGAAUGAUCGUACAGUGGAAGAGGACUUCCAGUGGACUGAUGGGAUAGAUGUUGUGUAUGAGAACUGGCGUGAGCAUCAGCCGGAUAACUUCUUUGCGGGCGGAGAGGAUUGUGUGGUGAUGGUCACCAGAGAGGACGGGAAAUGGAACGACGUUCCCUGCAACUACAACCUACUCUACGUCUGCAAGAAAGGAACCGUGAUGUGUGGCACUCCGCCGGCCGUGGAUAACACCUAUCUAGUGGGCCGCAGACGCUCACACUACGACAUCCACGCGGUGGUUCAGUACCAGUGCGUCGACGGCUUCUUUCAGAGACACAUCCCGACUGUCCGCUGCCGACCCGACGGGACCUGGGAAAGACCCAAGAUCAUCUGCACUAAAUCGCGGAGAUCUCACCGUUAUCGUCGGCAACAUCACAGAUCUCGGCGCGAGCAUCGACGACACCGGAGACACGGAUCUGGGCACAGGGGGCGGGACUAAGUUACAUAGGGCGGGGCUUAAAAGCAGGGGGCGUGGCCUCCGACGCCGUGUGGAAUCACUACCAAUGGAAAGGACAGAAAUAAUAGUUCUUUUUUACCGCUGUUAAUUAGGUUUCAUUAACCCUCUAUUCACAUGCCCUUCAUUAGAGGAAUGUUUUUAAUUGGUUAUUGGUAGCUCAUGCUCAUAUUUGUUCAGCUUUAGAUUUUUUGGGAUGUGAUGCUUUAAUGAAAUACUGAACAUCCAAUCAUUCAUAUUCAUGAAACGAGAUGCUCUUCAUGUGUUUGAAUGGCACAGUAAUUAUUUGUACCCCUUGAGACUUUUCUAUACUUUUUAUUUUGAGCGUUUGGUGAAGAUUUGGUUUAUAUUGCAAAUCAUGAACUAUUGUGACGUGUUUGAUUAGAAUCACAGUGAAACCUCUUAUGGUCAUAAAUGAGUGUAUUUCAAUGAAGAAAAGCAUCAUGUUUCACACUGAAAAUGAAAGAAAAAUUUUUUUAAAUUAUUUGUUCCAUAAAGAAAAUGAAGCCUGUUUUUAUAAGCAUUAAGUUUUUUGUAUUGUGACAAUUAAAGCAUCCUCAAAUUAAGUAUCAAAAUGUUAAAUAUCAUAAUAAAUAAAUAAAAAUAAUUGUGAUAGAGAAUUAAAAAAUCAACCU